AUGUCCAAUAUGCUCGGUUUUUACCGCGCGGUGAUCGCAGUGCUAGUCGUGCUAUGCUGCUCCAAUACCUUCGCUGCCAAUUGCAGCUCAACCUGGAUCACCUCCGUGGCUGAUGCAGAUACCCUUCGUCAGAACUGUCGAGUGGUCACAGGCCACGUCGGUAUCGGUCCAUUUUCCGGCAACGUCACAGUUCACAUUAAUCUCGACGGUGUUGAAGUGAUUGAAGGCACCCUCGGGGAAUAUCCUUAUACCCAGCGUGACUAUCUCACUCAGCCCUCGUAUACUCUCUCCAGUUCCUCUUUAAAGAAAGCCGACGCAGUGGAAUUUGGAAACUACGACACUCGCAUAGUGAACCUCACACUUCCUAGUCUCACAUCCAUCUUACGAGUCUGCAUUCCGCGGAUAGCAUUACGCUUGGCCCCCCCCAAUCUGCACACGCUCCACCACACAAAGUUACGUAAUGUAACAUCCCUAAGUAUUGAGCCGAUGCAGAUCGACUCGCUGGACAGUUUGUCUGACAAUGAGCUCAAUCUGGAAGAGCUUUACAUCAAUGGUCCAUUCCCAAACGUUGGCAACAUCGCUAUUGGAUUCAAGUCUGUCGACUACAUCCAAGUAUCGGACAACUCGUCUCUCACGCUAGGAGGGCCUUCGACAAAGGAAAUGACCAUCAAACAACUCGACCUCGACAGUAUUACGGAUCUUAAGCGUAGCGUAACGCUGAAGACACUCGAGGUAGAUCUUAUGAAGCUUUCAGCUCCCAUUCAUAUCACUCAUCUAGAUAUUCCAUUCGAUAAUCUGCGCGAACUUCAAGUCUUGCAGCGAGAGGAAAAUCCCCUGAAAUCUAUCACUCUUCCUCCCAAGGCCGUGAAUUGGACCGGUGGCUUUGGACUCGUCAUCACCGGUGGCCCCGAUCUGAAUUUGACCUCGAUAUACGGUGCCGACGACCAAGGCAAACGCAUUCAGACUUGGUACUGGCCAAAGAAUGUCUCGUUGGUUGAUAUUUCCGACGCCACUGUAGGAAAUACCUUCUUCGACCCCUUUGUCACCCAACAAAUGGGCCUGGACAAGGAUUUCCCUCCUUCGGUUUUGAGCGAUUUCAGAAUUUCUCCAUCCGCGAAUUCUACUACUUUCAACUGCACAACCUUCCGUAAGCUCAAGGGCAUGGGUCGUUUGCCGAGCGAUGGAUACAAGUUCGUUUGCUACGACCCGUACCUUGCGAGCGGCGCUAUUCGUGUUCAUGUACCGAUUACCGUCGGUUUUAUUAGUGCCGUGCUCGGAAUUUGUAUCUGGAUGAUAUAA